CAGAUCGUGAUUACUAAGGUAGUGAUUAAGGCCACAGCUAGGAACAAAUGGAGCGGCAAGGAGGUGAUGCCACUUCUCCUUGAUUAACGAGGAGAUCAGGUCGUGAUAACUCAGGGAGUAAUCGAGGGUGCAACUGGAAAUAGAAAUUUACAAGCUAUUAUAGCAAUACUCGAACUGCUUUACUUAACGGACACGAUGAGAUAGUCUAGGUACUUCUUAAUAGGGGCGUCGACAUAUCUGUGACGGCGAAGGAUGGGUGGACGUCACCCACUUAUCUUCAUACAAGGGGUAAAUCGAAGUCGUCAAGCAGUUAUUGGGAGUAGAUUCGCCAAUGGUGUCAUUACCUACUCGGAUAAAUCUGGUGAUCAUAGCAGAGAACUCUCCAUCAGCGGCAGUCUUAUCAACCUCCUAGAUACCUGUGGGAGAACGCCAUUACGCCUUGCAGUCAUCGCCGGCAACACUGAUAAUGCCCAAGCUCUCCUUGGUCACGAUGGCAUGGACCCAAAUGCAGGCGACAAGCAUUUUCGAACGGCACUUUCCUAGGCUGCCGGAAAGGGCCAUGAGGCCGUGGUGGAGCUCCUUAUUAAGGACGUCCGGGUGAACAGCAAUUUGCCCGACUAUGCUGGUUGGACGCCGCUACUGGGGGGGUUAAAGAGGCAUCAUGGGAUAGUUGUGAGGCAACUUCUCGCUGGUUGACAUCACGAAGGCCUCUGUAGCGAUGAGCUUGUGACUUAUUGCUCAGUAUACGGCUAGCUCGCCCUGCUUACGAAAAUCCCUUCGACAUUCAACCCCAUACUGUCCUUAGCUAUAACCCCGUCGUUACAGCACCGCGUUACCAAUGCGCAUACCUGCGGACUCGUACUAGAAGAAGUACAAUAUAGAGGCUUUUACUUGAAUGUACCACUCUUCGUCUCGUCCUGGGAAAACCACGGAUGUAGUAGAACUUCCGCAGGCGAGGGUCUCGCCGCAGGAUCG